AGGGGGGCGGAGCCACGACGCGUCAUGGCAUCCCAGCAUCCCACUUCUUCAUAGGCUGAUGGAGAAGAAGAAGAAGAAGAUGAAGAUAAGAGCGUGAAGAGGAGGGAGCGCAUCUGUGAGAGACAGACACGAGAUCGCACAGACAGACAGGAGACAGAGACAGACAAACACGAGCACAGAGAGAGAGAGAGAGAGAGAGACGCGAGGACACGGAGACACACACGGAUCUCAUCACCGAACAGACCAGAGUAGACUCGGGUUCUGGUCCUGGACCCUGGACCCUGGACUCCGGUGUUUGGUACCACGGACAGCGCCUUGAGGUGUGUUGGUUUUCCGGCAGCUGCCGGCACCGGCGGGCGGAGCCACUGAGCGUGGGUUUCUUUUUGGCCAGCUCCUGAAGAUUUGAGAUUAUCUGUGAUCUGAGAAGAUGGCGGGUCAGGACAAUCAGGUCACAUGUUACCUCCUCUUCUCUUUGGCCACUGCCGUCAUCGGCUCGCUGCAGUUUGGCUACAACACCGGAGUCAUCAACGCUCCCGAGCAGAAACUGCGAUCUUUCUUCAACAACACGUGGAUGGAGCGUUACGGUAAAGCCAUCGAGCCCGGCGUCUGCACCAUCGUCUGGAGCGUCGCCGUCUCCGUGUUCAGCGUCGGCGGCAUGGUGGGCUCCUUCAGCGUGGGUGUCAUGGCCGACCGCUUCGGCAGGCGUCGCUCCAUGAUGCUGGUGAACAUUCUGGCAGUGAUCGGCGGCCUCCUCAUGGGCUUCUCCACCAUCUGCUCCUCGUACGAGAUGAUCAUCGCCGGCCGCCUCGUCAUCGGCCUCUUCUGCGGACUCUUCACCGGCCUCACGCCCAUGUACGUGGGCGAGGUGUCGCCCACUCCCCUCAGGGGAGCGUUUGGAACCCUGCACCAGCUCGGUGUGGUGGUGGGCAUCCUGAUCGCUCAGAUCUUUGGUCUGGAGGCCCUGCUGGGAUCAGAUAAGAUGUGGCCCCUACUGCUGGCCCUCACCGUGGCCCCCGCCGUGCUGCAGUGCAUCCUGCUGCCCUUCUGCCCCGAGAGCCCCCGCUUCCUGCUCAUUAACCUCAAACAGGAGGAGCAGGCGCGCAAAGCUCUGGUGCGUCUGCGCGGCAGCGAGGACGUCAGUAAAGACAUGCAGGAGAUGAAGGAGGAGAGCGCUAAGAUGGCGAUGGAGAAGAAGGUGACCAUCGCCGAGCUGUUCCGCUCUGCGUCGUAUCGUCAGCCGCUCCUCAUCGCCGUCAUGCUGCAGCUCUCACAGCAGCUGUCGGGGAUCAACGCCGUGUUUUACUACUCCACAGGAAUCUUUGCUGACGCUGGUGUGAAGCAGCCCAUCUACGCCACCAUCGGAGCCGGGAUCGUCAACACCAUCUUCACCAUCGUCUCUCUCUUCCUGGUGGAGAAGGCAGGUCGGAGGACUCUGCACCUCCUGGGUCUUGGUGGAAUGGCGGUCAGCGCUCUGCUCAUGACUGUCUCCCUGCUGCUGGUGAGCAUCCCAGCGAUGAGCUACGUGGCGAUCCUGGCCAUCAUGCUGUUCGUGGCCAUGUUUGAACUGGGCCCCGGGCCGAUCCCCUGGUUCAUCGUGGCCGAGCUGUUCUCUCAGGGGCCGCGCCCGGCCGCCAUGGCAGUGGCCGGCUGCUGCAACUGGACGGCCAACUUCCUGGUCGGGAUGAGCUUCCCCAAACUGGUGGAAGUGUGCGGGCCGUGGGUCUUCCUUAUCUUCACCACGUUCCUCAUCCUCUUCUUCAUCUUCACCUUCAUCAAAGUCCCGGAGACGAAGGGUAAGACCUUCGACGAGAUCGCCCGCGGCUUUGGCGGAGGUCCGCCUCCCACCUCCUCAUCCCUCGAGGAUCCUCCCGUGGGCGGUGCCAGCGCUGGCGUGACGCUUCCGGCCUCACCCCUGAAGGAGAAGGUGCCGCUGGUGGAGGCGGCGGCUACAGCCAAAGCCCCGCCUCCCGCGGCCGAAACCACACCCCUGGACGACAAGUUGAACCAGACAAUGCAGGAGAGCGUGUAGCGUUGUCACGAGUGGAAGGAGGUUCUAAACGAAGGGAAAUGAGUUGAGUUGAAAGGUCACGCUGCACUCACACGUCUGUGCGUCAAAAUGAUAAUUCCUUCUUUUACAUCCUCCCGACUGUUAUCGUACAAAACUACCCAUUAACAACCAACGUACACAUUCCUAUGAGCGACCUGGGGUCGACCCACCUCACCACCAGUUGUCUGGGAGGUGAAGCCCGUGGUCAGAGGUCAGUCGUAAACCGGCGUGGGCGUGUCCAGUUCCUCCUGAGUUUAAAGUGCGUGUCGUGUGAGUGGAGUGACGUGUUUUUAUUGUCUUUAAAGUUUUCUGACAGGCGUUAACGUGCAAUAUAAGUGUGUAGCUGUAGUUUUGUCCUGUAAUAUUUCAAUAUUUAAACAUAUUAUAUUUAUCCGUCUCUCUCGUGUCGUAAAGGAAGAAUUUCAGAAGGGAUUUUAUUUUUAAAUUCAUACUCUGCCUUUUUCGCUGCUGAUAAUGAAAUGACAAAAACUCAAGAGGUUUUUUUCCGCGAUGCCAAAGUACUGAACGUUCACUAAAGGUGCAAUGUGUAGAAUUUAGUGAGAAUCCAUCAACAGAGAAUGAUCAAUAAUGAAGAAUUUUAACAGUGUGUCGUGUUGUUUCCCAGAAUGGAAUUCUUGGCACCUGAAGGCCACCGUAGUUUCUCAAAUGCACUGAAUUUUGACGGUUGCAAUAUACAGCUUCACCACUAGAUGCCACUAAAUCCUACACACUGUUCCUUACACACACUUGUAGAACAGAUGUAUUAUUCUGAAACACAGUUAGGUGCUUCGACCAUUUUACGACACAAUUCACAGUGUGUCGUGGUUUUGUCGUCUUUUUUCAGUUAAUGUUUGAGCUGCAAUAUUUAAAAGAAGCAAAUUUAGUUCUUUUUAAGAUUUGCUAAAAACACGCUGUAGCUCAGUAGUUUUAAAUUUAGUAGAUUACAGUAGAUUAAUGUAUAUUUUCCUGUCGAAGAGAAAAUUAUGACGUAAACGUAGUCUUGUUGUGAUUCUUUUUCCAGAUUAGCCCAGAUUAUAUAAACCUUUAAAAACGUAAGUGGAGAGCUUUGCUAUCAGUGAUGUGGUCAAAUCACAUUUCUCCGUUUAGACACGCCUCCUUCAAGCGGCAAAGUUAGCAGUAGAGCCACAGGUGGCCAUGUAGACAUUGGUUAGCAUGUUAGCACUCAAUGUCAAAGCAUCUACUGAAGCACCUGCGUGUACUCGCUGAUAUUAGAGUAAGUAAGAAUUGUUCAAAUGUGCAUCAGUGUCGAAUCUUUAGCCUAAAUAUUAGUGUAGUCAAAUGCUAACGCUGUUUAAACAACAAGCAGAGGUACAGAACUGUGGGCGUGGCUUUAGAUCGUGUCUGUCCACGUUAAACAGCAAAGACAAAUGCUAAACAACAUAGCGUGGCGUUCUUGCUAACUUCCGUAGCUAACUUUACCUUUACCUAAGUUCAGGUAAGCUAGCCGGGAACUUCUUUUGUUUUAAUAUACUAUAUUUUCAAAACAUUUAUUAGUCCCUUAACAUCAUCUGAAGGCUAAGUCUGAGCUAGUAAAAGAGCGCAACAGAAACUAGCAUUCUUCAUACCUUCUAGAGCCGUUUAGCCUAGCUAUGGAUUAGGCUAGGAGGUAAACUAGCCAGGAACUAAUGAGAGGUCAUAAUUGAUAUUGAUAUUGUCCAAACUUAUUUAUUUCUAUAUCUUUAAACGAUGCUUAAUGGCUAAACCUAAGCUAGCAAACCAACAUGUUGAUACAACCGCUGGUAUUCUUGCUGCCUGCUGGGAGCUAUAUUAAGCAGCCUCUUUGCUAAUUUAGGCAGUAAGUCUGAUGUUAACAACACAAGGAUCAUGAUUAGAGGCUAAAGUUAUUGUUUUGUUUCAGAGGUAAACACCGUUAUUAUAACAGGAAGUGAAAAUAUGAAACCGGUUGAUUAUUAAUGUUGCAACUCGAGCUAAUGUUUUUGUAAGCUAGCGACGAUCACAUGUGAAAAGUCAGGAACAAAAACGAAUCAGAAAUUCUACAUUCUCAAUAUUUUCUGAUGGCUAAGUCUACGUUAGUGUUGUUCUUUCAGUGGGUCAGUAGGGGGCGCCCAUAAAACAGAGGUUAAAGUUUGUAAGUUUUGCCUCCAGAGCUGAAAAAUGAGACGAUGAGUUCCAAAGACUGAUUUUAAAAUGAGAAUUAUGAAAUCUGAACGCUCUGUACUUGCCACGUUUGGCGACUUUUGUUCAUCGAUUAGUCUCCGAAAUACGUCACGCGCUCAACGAAAUCUGAAAUCCUGGCCAUAAUGUUUUCCUAGAGGUUUUGCAAACUCAUGAAAAUAAAUAUUCUUCCUUCACACGCCACGAAAACAUGAUUGUGAUUCCACUGUUUUUCUGAAUCAACUCAUCAGGUCUAGAUGUGAUGCUUUGUUAGCUUUCUGUGUGUGUGUGUGUGUGUGUGUGUGGCGCACGCUACCUUUAAUGUUUUAUCCAACGGUGUGUGUGGCGUAUAAAUGUAUGACGCAAAGAAAAUUUUCUAUAUUCUGUCAUGGUUGUGCCAGAUAUUGUAGUUUUUUUAAAAAAGCCUAUAUUUCUCCCAUGCUGCACUUUAAGAACAUAUGUAUUUAUUUAUUUAUUUAUUCAUUUAUUUAUUUCACCGUUUGUAUUAUUUAUGGAAAAGGAUUAGGGUCACUUUAUUUGGAAACAAAACAAAAAAAAAAGAAAAAUUCAGAACGCUGAGAUAAAAGUCAGAAUUUCCUGAUUAAAGUCAGAAUUCUGAAAUUCAAGUCUGAAUUUCCUGAUUAAAGUCAGAAUUCUGAAUUUGAAGAAUUUAUUUAAAUAAAAAUGAAAAACUUUUUCACGUGGCCCCGAUGUUCCUCUGUAAUUAUUUACCUUUCGGCUGCACUGCAAAAAUAUUCAUCCUGACAAAUAAUUGUAAAGGAUUUAUACUGAAGACUAAUAUAUUUAAUACAGAGCAAAGACAGAUGUAUGAUAUAUGUAUAAUAAUACAACAAUAUAUAUAAUAUAUGUAUAAUAUAGAAUAAUAUAUAUAAAAUAUAGAUAAAGAGAGAUGUUAAGAUGAAUAUUUAUUUGAUUCUGGAUGAAGCCAUGGUGGUUUUAUGUAUCGUUGUGUUUGUGGAUGAUGGUUACGUGCUGUGUUUGCACUGAUGAAGACGUCUAGUGUCGUGUUCCGCCUCCUUUAACUCUGUGGCUACGCUAACACACUGCUUCCUCAACCUGACACUUGUAUGGAUUUAAACAAUAAUAAAGAUAAUUAUUGAUUCAUGAGGCAA